AUGCCACCACGUCCGUGGCAGAAGGUCGUCCGGGAGACUGACGCUCGUAGAGCAAGCUCGAUACCAGCUGAAUGGAGACUACAAACCCCACCGCAGGAUGGCAAGGCCAAUGUUAUGCAUGUUCCUUACACCUGUGGCAUCAUGACACCGCCAGAGCUAGCUCUCACCGAACAAGACGCCACGAGCCUUCUCGAGAAGCUCGCAGCAGGUACAGUGACGUCUUACGAAGUGACUUUGGCCUUCUGUAAGCGUGCGGCGAUCGCACAGCAGGUCGUGAACUGCUUGACCGAGAUGUUCUUUGAGGAGGCGCUCGAACGGGCUCGCGAACUCGACGAGAUAUUGGCCAGCACCGGCAAAGUGGUCGGACCUUAUCAUGGUCUUCCCUUCUCAAUCAAGGACCAAAUCAACAUCAAAGGCAAGCGGUCGACAUCGGGCUUCGUGUCUCGGGCGGACGCCAUCGCGGAGGAAGAUGCGGCGACGGUCAGAAUUCUACGUCAAAGCGGCGCUGUCUUCUACUGCAAGACAACUACGUGCCAGACGAUGAUGCAUCUCGAGGGCCACUCCAAUCUCCACGGCCGCACCCUCAACCCUUUCAAUCGGCGCUUGACAUGCGGUGGCUCAAGUGGAGGCGAAGGUGCACUCGUGGGCUUUCUGGGGUCGCCCAUCGGUCUUGGUGCCGACGGCGGUGGCAGUAUUCGGUCGCCUGCCGCCAAUCAGGGCGUCUACGGGAUGAAAACAACGUCAGGUCGUGUCCCAACAGCCAACGGAACACGUCCCAUGUAUGGAUGCGAAAGCUUCCCUGUGGUCGUAGGUCCGCUAUGUCGAUCGGCGCGAGACUUUGAGUACUUCCAAACAGUCAUGUCCGACAACGAGCCGUGGAGGAUACAGCCGGCGAUGCUACCAAUCCCGUGGCGGCAUGCGCCGACGCCAGCGGCAUUGACCAUUGGGGUCUUUCAUGAUGACGGUGUCUGCCGCCCACAUCCACCUAUUACUUGGGCGAUUCGCAGUCUGCGCGACCGACUGAAGCAGAGCCCAUCUAUUAAGGUCGUGGAAUGGAGCCCGUAUCGCCAUGAUAAAGGUUACGACAUCAUCAGGCGACUCUUCUUCGAAGAGGGUGGUGCCACCAUGCGCAAGAUCAUCGACGAGUCUGGCGAGCCAUCUUUGCCUCUGACAGAUUGGGUUCUGAAGAAGCCACACGCGGACCGGCGCACCAUCGAAGAAAGCUGGGCUUUGAAUGUUGAGCGUGAAGAGUACAGAAAGGAAUACCUCGAGCACUGGAAUGCUCACAGCGAAGUUGAUGUCCUACUGUGCCCUGUUGGACCUAGUGUAGCACCUAAACAUGACACCGCGCGCUAUUGGGGCUACACGGCUGUGUUUAACUGCCUCGACUGGCCUGCUGUUUCUUUCCCGACGGGUCACUUCGUGUCGGCAGACGAGGAGUACGGUGAGGAGGACUACAAGCCGCGAGACAACGAAUUCGACGCUUAUAACUGGUCAACUUGGUCGCAGAAUGACUUCGAAGGCGCUCCCAUCUCACUCCAGCUGGUAGGAAGGAAAUGGGAAUGCGAGAAGACCAUGGCGGCACUGCGGAAGAUUGAAGAUGUUUUGAAGUCGUCCUAG